UUCCCAAGUUUUCUAUUCCCAAAGGAAAACACCUUGGUUCCUAAGCUUUCUAUUCCCAAACUUCGUUUAUAAAGCAUAAACACAAUCCACACCCUCUUCAAAAUCACUACUUCAAUUAUCUCCUUUUUGCUCACAAAAGUUUGGCCAAAAUGAAGAGGGAGGGUCGCCAGCAUGGGAUGGUCCGAACCUUGCCGAUCCUACCAAGCCCGUUGAACCCGAGGCCCAAUACCAGAUAUGUGAACCGGUUCGAUGCGCCCGCUACUGCCGGGUUGUUCACCCGGGUCUCGUCCAAGCCCACCAACCACUCCAAGUUCACCGGAAAGUGCGGCCAGCCCAGGUGCAACGGCUGUCACUUGCACCCAACACGCAAGGCCAAGGACAAGACCAAGGGAAACCAUAAACUGAAAUCAAGCGACGUCGUUUCUAAUCACAAGUUGCUCGCUUUCCACGGGGUUUCUGCCACGAGGGUUUUAGAUCAACUGUCUAAUUAUCUUGCCAAUGAUGAUGAUCAUGAUGAUUAUGAAGUUAGUGAUUGUGAUGUGUAUGAUAAUUAUGAUGGUCCUCAUCUGUAUGAUAAUUAUGAUGGUCCAUACGGUGCUAGUGAUGACAAUCUUGCUCUGGAUUCUCAGUCUGUCCAAACAACGGUCGAGAUCAUUGGUAAUUCUAGUGAUGAUCAGAAUCAAAAUGGUGAUGAUCAGAAUCAAAAUGGUGAUGAGGAAGGAAUGAGCUUUUGUGACGUGGGAUUUGUGGUGGACCUAGUGGAAGGAGAUGAUUGGUGCUUAGUGGGAGAAAUGUGAUUCUUUGCUAAUCCCCUAAUUGUUAGAUUCUAUUCUAUGUGAAUGAAUCAUAUAUUUUGUUUAAUUAUACAGUUUAAUUUUAUUGAGUUCGUAGUUUGUUGUGAAGUCUCUGUUCUUAAUGAAGGUUGAUGAUUCUCGAUUUGUCAGCGGAGCAUAUGCUUUUGUAGUUGAUUUUAUUAGAAUCUCACAUUAGUUGGAGAUAUUGACAUGAUCAACUUAAUAAGGUGAGGGCAAUCCUUCCAUAAUAAGCAGGUUAUGUUAUGUUGAGUUAGGCCCAAUAUCCUUUAAUUUUUGUAAAAUAGUAUCAGAGCAGACUCAAUUUUGUAAUGUUGGGUCUCCCAA